AUGUCUAAGGAGGACUCAGAAAAGAGCUUGGACGCUGGUGCUGAAGACGAGGAAACGUACUAUGGGGAUUUGGAUCAGCUCCGGAAUUUGAUCGAUGCUCCCGAUGAUGGUGCUAAGGAGCAGCCAAUGGCGUUUUCUGACCAAGAAAUGAUCGACGACGAGCUUGCAGAUAUUGAAAAGACUUAUAGUUCUCAUGCGUCGGACAUUGAAGAGGGCCAGGAUGACGAAGAGAAUCUUCUUGCUGAGUUUUCUGAUUACGGGGAUUUUUCCGAUGACGAAUACGACGAGCAGGACUUUAUGGAUGCCAUCAGAGAGGCCAACAACUUUAAAGUCAAACGAAAGAACAAAGCGCAAAACAAGGCAUCCAGUACCAAAAAAACACCGGGCAGACCUCGCAGGGAAAGAAGUCUAGACCCUGAAGUGGCCCAAUUGCUGUCUGAAGCCAACGAGGCGUUUGUACGGAACGAUACACAGGUUGCCGAACAACUGUACAACCAAGUCAUUAAAAAAGACGCUAAGAACUUUGCUGCAUAUAAAACACUGGGGGAUAUCUACCAGUUACAAGGCCGUUUCAAUGAUUGUUGCAAUUCGUGGUUUCUCGCAGCACAUUUGAAUCCGUCAGACUGGAGCUUUUGGAAAGUCGUUGCCACUCUCUCUUCAGAUCUCGGCCAUGUUAGACAAGCUAUCUACUGCUACACAAGGGCUUUGAGAAUGAAUAGUGAAGAGUGGGACUGUGUUUAUGGGAGAUCAGUGCUGUACAAGAAAACCGGACAGCUUGGUAGAGCCCUGGAAGGAUUUCAGAGGCUUUAUAACCGUUUCCCUACAGAUGGUAACUACUUGAGAGAGCUGGCAGUUCUUUAUGUGGACUAUAAUCGAACUAACGAAGCGAUCAAUUUAUACAUAAAAGUAUUUGACGCUAAUGUGGAAAAGCGGAAAGCCAUAAUAUCUGCUUCUGAGGACGCCGUGGAAUCAUCAGAAGAGAGUGAUUACGACGACCAAGCAGAACAGGAAAUUGACGAGGAAAGUGAACUUUUCAAGAGAUAUCCGAACAUCAAGUGGAAGAAAAUCAAUAGGAAGUACCGCUGCAUAGAAUUCGACUGGUCUUCUUUGAACAUUCUGGCAGAGUUAUUUUUAAAACAACUAGGCGAGAACGCUGGCAUAAAAACCAUCAAGAGGUGUGCAAGAUGGAUUCAAGAAAGGGAGAACCAAACUUUCUGGGAUACUGUAAGUGACGACUCUGAAUACGACAAAAGGAGAUUCAAGAACAGCAAGUUUGAGUCUUUACCGCAAGCUGAAAGGGAAAAAGCAUACAUUCUUCCAAUUGAUAUUAGAGUGCGAUUGGGUCUUUUAAGAUUGUUCAAUAAAAAUGUGUUGGAAGCAGUCAAUCAUUUUCAGGCUCUGUACGACGAAAGCUUUGUGGAUAUCACCGAUCUUUAUUUCGAAGUAGCAUGUGCUCUAACAAAAGCGGAAAGAUAUCCUGAAGCCAUUGAAUUUUUCACACCCCUGUUAGACCUUAGUGAUUUUCAUACCUUGGAGGUUUAUAAACCCCUCAGUAGGUGUUAUAGGGAAGUGGAGGAUUACCAAAACGCUAAGCUAAUUUUUGAAAAGCUUGUUGAAAUGAAACCUGAUGAUCUCGAGACGAAGUUAACUUUAGCAGAGAUUCAUUAUCAUUUAGACGAUCAGGACACGUUCAACGCGCUUUUAUUGGAAGUUUUAGAGACCAGGAAAAGACAGGAUGCAGAAGCUGAAAAAAUCAUGUUGUCUGUUGAGGAUGAAACUGAUCAACAGGCUGUAAAUGCAAAUGCUACUCCAGUUGGAAAACCCCUUUUAGAAGACAUUCAUAUGAAGAAACCUGCUGUAAAGAAAAAACGGACGCCGCAGGAUACAGAGCGCGAGAGACGAGACCGCGAAAAGCGUAUUACAACUAAAGUUUUGGACAAAUACAACAAACUAAAGAUUUAUCAAGAGGGCAUGGGACAAGGCAACGAGUACCAGACUACACUGUGGAUUGAUACAGCAUCGGACCUAAUUGAUGUGUUUUCGAGUGUUAAGAAUUUUUUUGUCAAGAGCCGUUCUAAAAAAUUUGUGGGGAUUAUCAAAAGAACUCGUAAACACAACAAGAUAAUCGACUACAAGAUUAAACGUCUAUCAAAACUUUCUGAAGGGGAUAACCUUUUGGAUGGGCUCCCGCUUUUGGAAGAACGGGUGUUUUUAACGUCUUCAACUGAGCUGAGAGGCCUCACUUAUGACCAAUGGUUUGAAUUAUUCAUGAAACUAUCGCUGGUAAUCUCAAAGUUGCAAAGUGGAGUGGAUGGGCUCAGUAUCAUAGAAACGGCACAGGAGGUAAAUGUUUUUGUUCAAGAUCCUACCAGAGCGAAAAUGAUGAAAUUCGUAAGACUGGCCAUAGUAUUACAGAUGGGGGAUGAAGAAGAACUUGUGGAGAGUCUGCGCAGUGUUUUGAACCAAUUUCAAUUCAAUCGCAAAGUGCUACAGAACUUUAUGUUUUGCGUGGCUAGUGGUCAAAUGGGUUCCAGCAUUUUGAGUUCCACCGUUCAACAAAAAUUCUUCCUGCGACAGCUGAAAGCAUUUGACAGCAUACGAUAUGAACAGCAUGUUGCCGGGCAGGCUUCUGUCACAAACAAAAAAGUCGAUAACCCGGAUAAACGCAAGUCGCCAUAUUUGCACUACAUCUAUGCAAUGCUGCUGUAUUCCAGCAAAGGUUUUCUUUUGGCACUGCAAUACCUCAACCGAUUACAACCCGAGCUCCGGCUUGAUCCCAUGGUCAAUCUCAUGAUGGGCCUAGCCCAUCUACAUCGUUCCAUGCAGAGACUCACAGCAUCACGACAUAUCCAAAUCCUGCAUGGAUUACGCUUCUUGUAUCGGUAUCACGAAAUCCGUUCCACGAAAUAUUCAGCGACCGAACAACAAGAAGCAGACUACAAUAUUGGCCGUGCAUUCCACCUGCUCGGUUUAUUUUCCAUUGCUGUCAGAUACUAUAACAGGGUACUGGAUGAAUACGAAGACAUCAAGCUAAAACGACACGCAGCUUAUAACUGCGUCUUGAUAUACAAUGAAAGUGGCAAUACAGAACUGGCUAAUAGUCUAAUGGAACAAUAUCUAUCUGUGUAA